GAGAGAGAGAGAGAGAGAGAGAGAGGAAUGGACCGGACGCUGCAGGAGUGAUACAGGGAGAUACGGGAGUAAGGAAUAACCGGUUUACCGCUGCUGUUUACCCGCCGCGCGCUGGAAACUCCGAGCGCGAGAGCUAAACAAUACACGGACGGAGCGCGCGGACAGGACCGGGGGUCUGGAGCUCAGCGGGGACGAUGACGGAGGGCCGGCAGUGCCAGGUGCUGCUGCUGGAUGACAGACAGCUGGAACUCUUAGUCCAACCCAAGCUGUUAUCUCGAGAUCUUCUGGAUCUGGUUUCAUCUCACUUUAACCUGAAGGAGAAAGAGUAUUUCGGCAUUUCUUUCACAGAUGAGACUGGUCAGACUAACUGGCUGCAGCUGAACCGGAGAGUUCUGGAUCACGACUUUAACAAAAAGCCUGGACCACUCGAGCUCAAAUUCCAAGUCAGGUUUUAUAUUGAGAGUAUCAGCUUCCUGAAAGAUACAACAACGGUGGAACUGUUUUACCGGAACGCCAAGACUUCUGUCUACAAUGGAUCUAUAGAGCUGGAGAGCGAGAAGAUCUUCAGACUAGCCGCUUAUGUGCUGCAGGAGGCGAAGGGGGACUACACCAGUGAUGAAAACGCAAGAACGGACUUAAAGAAGCUCCCAACGUUCCCCACCGCCGUUCUGAAGGAACACCCCUCUCUGAGCUACUGUGAGGAUCGGGUAAUUGAGCAUUAUAAAACACUGGAGGGAUUGAGUCGAGGGAAAGCCAUCGUACAGUAUCUCUUGUUGGUGGAAUCUGUGCCAGCAUAUGGGGUUCAUUACUACGAAGUAAAGGAUAAGCAGGGGCUCCCGUGGUGGUUGGGAAUCAGCUACAAAGGCAUCGCUCAGUACGACCAGCAGGACAAGCUGAAGCCCAGAAAGAUCUUUCACUGGAAGCAGCUUGAGAACUUGUAUUUCCGCGAGAAGAAAUUCGCAGUUGAGGUCAACGACCCGCAGAGGAGGGCGGCAUCUAAGCGUACUUUCGGACAGUCUGGGCAGGCCAUCCACUCGUGGUAUGCCAGCCACUCUCUGAUCAAAACCAUCUGGGCGAUGGCCAUCAGUCAGCACCAGUUUUACCUGGACCGCAAACAGAGCAAAGCUAAAAUAGCCACGGCUAAGAGCCUGGGAGACAUCGCCAUGGACCUGACGGAGAUCGCAGCCCCCAGAAUCAGCAAGCUGGUCAGCGUGGAGAGCAAAGACCAGCUCAUUAUGGCCAGCACUGGAAGCCUGGUCUCUGCAGGUUCAGCAGAUUCUGAAGUGAGUGAAGAACUGAAGAAAGAGAAGAUCUCAGAGCUGAAGAAGAAGGAGAAGAACCUCCAGGAUCUUCUGACUCAGAAGCUCAAUGAGCUGAAGAAGAUCUGCCUGAGGGAAGCAGAAUUAACUGGAAAAUUACCUAAGGAGUAUCCUCUAGCGUCAGGAGAGAAGCCUCCCGCCGUACGCAAACGCGUAGGAACUGCCUUCAAACUCGACGACCUCUUCCCAUACGAUGCGGACCCUCAUCUGAGGAACUUGGAGAGCAGGUUCGCUCUACAGCAGAAGAUCGUGGAAGCAGCUAAGAAGCUGGCGAAUGAAACGGAACUGUGUAAAACGGUGAAGAAGAAACGGAGGAGGAACUACAUUGACGCCAUGAAGAGAUUCCAGGAAAUCGAGAACGAGAUUAAUGAUUACAGAGUGAAGACUGGGAAGGUGCCGACGCAGAGAGCCUCCCUCAUCAUCUCUGAUGACGUAAACGCAGCAGACCUCAGCUCUCUGUCUGAUAGCCUGAAUCUGGAAGACGACGAGGCUCUGGGAGUGCAGCGUCCGCGGUCUCGUUCGGUUCAGUACUCUCCCCGCCAUUCAGACGUCCUGGACGGUCCCUAUCACUCUGAUCUCAGGACCUCCGCCACCGAGGAGCAGCAGGACUCCAGCGGAUCUAAUUACGCUGAAGUCCAGGAUCCUUACCCCUACCUCCACAGAGAUGCCUUAUCCACACACAGUAGCCCCUAUUACCCUGCCUCCAAACAGCCCCGCGACUCCAGGAGCAUGCCCCCCACCCCCCAGCUCACCCGCAACGCCUUCAGCAGCAUCCAGCUCAGAUGUGAGGACGAUGCCCCUCAUCACUUUCGUCAGCGCAGCGGCAGCCUGGAGUCCCAGUCCCUCUACCCGUCAGAGACCGACGCCCCCGAGCCGGCCUUCACCAUCGCGCCCCCGGCCCGACGCAGCAACAGCACCGAGGUCCUGGACGACGUCUCCUCACACACCAGCCAGUCCAGCUCGGAGUACUGCGCCCACUCGCGGGCCCGGGACCGCCACCGGCGCCGGAAAGGCAACGUCUACGCCAACACGGGCAGCAUGCCCAACCUCGCCCAGAACGACGCCCACUGCUACGGCUACCAGCCACGGGCACGGCCCACCACCACCGCCUACUACGUUACCGGAUACCCCUGCUACCCGGAACCAGAGUCGUACAUGAACGGAGGAGGAUACGUCUACGAGAACGACAUGGAGGGACAAUAUAACGUAAACCCCUCCUACCACACGCCGGCGUACCCCGCCCAUGACCCGUACGGCCGGGGCUACGGGCAGGACGACAUGGACAACCUGAGCCAGAACCCGUACGCCACGCUGAGGCAAGCGAGGAACCGGCCACCGUCCAGAAACGAGAACUCCAGCAGACACAUGCAGAAAGCCAUGGUGGCUGAGCACCUGAGAGGCUGGUAUAACCGAAACAUGGGACACAAGCAGGCGGCGUACGAGUACGAGAGAGGACCGCAGCAGAGCGUGGCAUACAGGAUCGCACCGUCCGGAUACGGCUUCAGCGACCGCGCCACGUCUUACUCAUCAGUGUCCUCCGGCUGCAGUGGGAGUACCUGGCGCAGUCACCUGGCGGUGGGUCUGUCUGAGUACAGCAUGGCUCCGCCCCCCCAGCAGCCGUACGGUUACGGCUCGGUGCAGUACAGCCACCCGGCUCACAGCAGGUCGUACGUGGACGUGAGUCAAGCGGACACGCACAUGAGCAGCCCUGUGGACAGUUUCGACUCUGAGGAUCAGACUCUUUAUUGGCACGAAGACUCUAAACCUGGAACUAUAGUGUAGAGAGAAGAAGAAGGAAUGAGGUGAACCAGACUCUUCCUCAUUCCUCUGAGUGCCUUUUUCAAAUCUCUGCUUUUCUCUACGGACUGAAAAGAGUCAACAGCAGCACUGUAGAAGAGGAAUGUUACCCAGCGAGAACCAAACCAGACGCAUGACGCCGAGUUGAGCCAGGUUGUUGAUUGCACACUGCCCUGGUACAGGACGUUGGGACGCUCUAGAAAAGCUGUUUGAGCUUGUUUGGCGAUUGGCGUUGGGUGCUUGACGUUUGGCGAUUGGCAUUGGACAUUUGACGGUCAUUGUCUUUGGGCGCUUGAGGUUUGGUAAUUGUCGUUAAACACUUGAUGUUUGGCGAUUGUCGCUAAAGCUUGACAUUUGCCAAUGGUCGUUGGAUGCUUGGCGUUUGGCGAUGGUCGUUGUAUGCUUAGCAUUUGGCGAUUGUCGUUGAACACUUGAUUUUUGGCGAUGGUCGUUGGAUGCUUAGCAUUUGCCGAUGGUCGUUGGAUGCUUAGCGUUUAGCGAAGCUCGUUGGAUGCUUAGGGUUUAGCGAUGGUCGUUGGAUGCUUAGCGUUUGGCGAUGGUUGUUGAAUGCUUAGCGUUUAGCGAAGCUCGUUGGAUGCUUAGCGUUUAGCGAAGCUUGUUGGAUGCUUGGUGUUUGGUGAUUGUCGUUGGGCACUGGGCAUUUGGCGAUUGUCUUGGACGCUUAGUGUUUGACGAUUGUCGUUGGACGCUAGACGUUUGACAAUUUCUGUUAGACACUUGGCGUUUGGCGAUUGUCGUUGGGCGCUUGGCGUUUGCCGAUUGUCUUGGACGCUUAGUGUUUGACGAUUGUCGAUGGACGCUUGACAUCUGGCAAUUGUCGUUGGACGCUAGAUGUUUGACAAUUUCUGUUGGACACUUGGCGUUUGUUGUUGAACGCUUGAUGUUUGGCGAUUGUCUUUAAACACUAGACAUCUGACGAUUGUCGUUGGGCUUUUGACAUUUGCCAGUCACCAUUAGGCGCUUGGCGUUUGGCGAUUGGUGUUGAGCGAUUGCCGUUUGACUAGCACUUGUGUUGCAGAACUUUAUCUGUCCUUGGAAAUUCCCACUCUUAGUGGGUUGUCUUUAGGCCUGGAAUUGACAUUUGAGCCAAAUAAACCUGGACAAGUUCCCCAUUACCAUGGAUGAAGGAUAUUACGGUGGUAAAUCCACUGGACAGAUACAUGCAAAUAUUCAUAUGAAGGAUUGAACUCAGCUGGUUUCUGUUUUGAUAAAAAAAAAUGCUCUACCUGGACACGUUCUGCAGUCUACUCAUGUUGAAGAACUGGAACUAUUAACCUUUAUGUAUUGCUACUGAAGUUCUUUUUUCAUGUGGGAAGAUUUUUUAUUCACUUUUUUACAGAUAUGAAUUGCUUUGCACAUCUACUGUAAAAUACAAUAACUGAUAAAGUAGAGGAGCAACACUAACAAUACUGGGGGCGUCUUUGUUACUGAAGAGGAUAAAAUACUCUUAAAUAAAUUAACAACCAGUAAUUUCAGUAAAUCUAAUUGGGGGCGAGUCUUAGAGAAUUUAGAGCCAAUUUUUUUCUUUAAAAAAAAUCCAUAUUCGAUGUCAAACAAAUAUGAUACAAUAUAUUGCGAUAUCAAUAUUUUGUCCCACCCCUUAACAGAGCUUUAGCUUGGUGAUUGGUUGGCCCCAAUCUGUUUCCUGUAAUAUUUGAGAUCUCUUCUGCUUCUGGAUUUUUAACUACUAUUUAACUACAUUUUAUACACUACUGCUGUGUUAAUAAAUGGUUUAUUACAGCCAUUCUAAUUUUCUUAAAUACACUAUAUAAUGUCUGACUGCGUCUGAUCCGAUACUGAAACCUGUGGCCUGGUGUCUGCGUCUCUCUCCAGCAGAGAGCUGUUUAUAUGUGAAUUUUUGUAUAUAGACUUUCUUACUGUUGUCAUUUUUAGAGAGAUUUUUUCUAUGUGUUUUUUGAAAGGCGUGUAAUAUAUAUAGUAAUUGAAUUUGUUAAGCUGGUUCUUAGUCGUUUGUAUCAACAAAAUGCAUUUGAAUAAAAAAACAACAAUUUCCAACUUUCAGAAGAUUAAA